AUGUCUGUACAGGAUUUAAAACAUUUGACGGCGCAGCGACAACGUCUCGAGUUCUGGGCUCGCAACUCGCCGCGGCAGAUGGCGACAGACUUUACGUACGCGUCCUCGCCGUCAUCCACAAGCUCAUCGCUGUCUGCGUCCCCACCAGCUAAGUUUAAUGACGGCGCGUGUUAUUUCACUGCGUAUGGCUACGUGCCUCCACCGAGUCGACGGGGCUUCGCAUCCGACAAGAUGUUCGUAACUUGUGGAGGUCAGGUGGUGUCCUUCAUGGAUGGAGUCGUGAACGCUCCACAAGGAGAUUUCCAAUUGGACAAUUAG